AUGGAGAAAAAUUUGAAGACUCUAUUAAUUUACCAGCGAGAAAAAAAUUAUCUAUGGCUUACAUCUUCCGGUGAAACGAGGAUACAAGGAGCAUUCUCUAACGGUGAACCGGUUGCACAACCACGCGAGGAUUCUCUCGGUACCCAAACCGUAGCCUCCGUGUGGACAUGUUCCGUAGAUUCUUUGGUCGGUGAACCAGUAGUAGCUGGCAGCAUCAAUUCCUUCUCUCUUGAAUCCAUCGAGCAACUCUUGAGUAUCCUCAAUUCUCAUGGAUCCUCCAGUGAUCUCACCAACAGUAGGCAUCAAAACAUCAACAGACUCGGUGACUCUUGGGUCGUCAACACAUUUCUUCAUGUAGAAAGACUUGAUUUCCACAGGGAAUCUGAUAAGCAAGAUAGGAAAACCAAUGGUGUCCACCAUCUUUCUCUCGGCAGCCUCAGCAAUGUCGUCUCCGAACUUGAACUUCUCUCCGUCCUCGUUUGGAAUGCCGUUUUCGUUCAACCAUUCAAGAGCCUCAAUGUACUCCAUGCGCUUGAACGGAACUUGUGGUGCCACAAACCCAGGAUGUAA